AUGCUGGGUUCCCCCGUCUCCAGGCAGGGCUGGCAGGCCCUGUGGCUCCUCCCUCUGGUGGCGCUCUUGAUGGCACCUGGACAGAGCUGUCCUUCCAAGUGCCACUGCUUGGCCCAGGACAAGGUGGUGCUGUGCAACAGCCGCAACCUGACGGCCGUUCCAGGCAAGAUCCCUCCGGACUCUGAGCUGCUGGACCUGAGCCGGAACACCCUCCGCACGCUGCACCAGGGCAUGUUCACCCGCCUCCAGGCCCUGAAGGAGCUGGACCUGAGCCAUAACUUCAUCUCCAACAUCGAACACGGGGCCUUCAACAGGCUGCAGAAGCUGAUGGUCCUCCAGCUGAAAGGCAACAAUUUGAAGAUGGUCCCCGACGGGGUCUUCACUGAGUUGCCCAACCUCUCUGUCCUGGAUAUCAGUGCAAACCAAAUCCUCCUCUUCCUGGACCACUCCUUCAGGGACCUCACCAAUCUCCGGAAGCUAGAGACAGGAGACAAUCACUUGGUCUUCAUCUCAGGACAAGCCUUUGGGGGUCUCCAGCGCCUCAGGCAGCUGACCUUGGAGAAGUGCAACUUGACCAGCAUCCCAGCAGAAGCCCUCUCCCACCUCCACCAACUGGUGGAACUCCGGCUCAAGGUCCUGAAGGUCAGCAUCGUUCCCAACCACUCCUUCAGGAAGCUGCAUCACCUGAAGGUGCUUGAGAUCCACCGGUGGCCCUUCCUGACCACCCUGGAGCCUCACAGUCUCUCUGGCUUGAACCUCACGUCCUUGUACAUCACCAAAUGCAACCUGCGUAACGUCCCUUACAAAGCCAUCAAGCAUUUGGCUCAUCUCCGGGUCCUUGAUCUCUCUUACAACCCGAUCACAGUGAUCCAUGGCAGAAAGCUGGUAGAGCUCUCCCACCUGCGGGAGUUCCAUCUCACUGGCGGCCGGCUGGCCACGAUUCAGACCGAGGCAUUCCAAGGCCUUAUCUACUUCCGUCUUCUCAAUGUCACUGGCAAUGACUUGCAGACUCUUGAGAAAGGAAUCUUCCACUCCGUGGGGAACCUGGAAGUCCUCAGGCUGGACAGAAAUCCUUUGGUUUGUGACUGCCGCAUUCUGUGGAUCUUUCAGAGGAGGAGGAGGUUGAAUUUUGAGUCCCACCAGCCAAUCUGUGCUACCAAUUCCACAAGGGAAGAGAAAGUCUUCCAUAAAUUCUCAGAUGUCCCUCGGGGUCACUUCACUUGUACGAAGCCUAAGAUUGAGGACAAGAGUCCACAGAGAGUAAGUGUCAAUGAAGGAGAACAGGCUAACUUGACCUGCAGAGGCGAUGGAGACCCUCUGCCAGUACUUUCCUGGGUGUCACCUCAAAAUGUAACCUUGGACACCAGGCGCAAAGGUCGAAUAACUGUCCUUCCCGAUGGCACACUGAAGAUCCAGUACGCCCUGCCAGGAGACAGUGGGUCAUACCUCUGUGUUGCCAGCAAUGUCGCAGGCAAUGACACCUCGGUGGCCGAGCUCCAUGUCUCCGAGCUUCUUUUCAAUGAUUCCUUCACUGGGAACAGUCUCCGCUUUCUCAAUGAGACGCAGAGCUCCUACCUGCUCCUGGUGGACGCUGGCACCUUGGUGGGCAUCCUAGCCCUCGGGAUCGUGCCCUUCCUCUGCUCCGUCGCCCUUUGCUUCAUCUUCAUCUCCCUCUGGAGCAAGGGCCGUGGGAACGUCAAGCACCACAUGGUUGACUCAGUACCCCGGAUCGCUCAUGGGUACAAGGCCUUCUCCAGCCCACACAAGACAGAGGCAAAAAACCCCAGAUGA